ACCUGCGGCACUCCACAAUCGGAGCUGGGGACCCUUGCGAUAAAUCAAGAGAAACGGAGCGCAGUGAUACGCGAACACAAGGAGAUACGUGACCAUCACACCUUGGUGCGCCUGCGCCAAUUCAGAAGCGACACUGAAUCCCACGGGGUGCAGAUGUCUUCAUAUUCUGACUCCAAUGGUCCCGUUGCAGCUGCACUAUUAGUCUAGUCACAGUCCAACAACGUUAAACCCGAGAGGCAGUCUUGCUGCUGUAAAUACGUACGGAGACCAGUUCAAAGCACACUGCAAAUGGUCCACAGCUUGCAGGCGUUCCCAUACAGAAGGGAGUCGCGCUUUUCAGACGUCAUCAGCGGCGGCCCGACCAACAGGUGACUGUGAAGCGUGAAACUGUCAGUGCCCACAGAGAUGAGAACUAUACUAUUUUCCCGGUUUUUACAGCUGUCUGCAUUAGGGUGCACUGUAAAACACUCCAUCACAUGGUGUCCUGAAGGGAACUCUGGAUAUUUACUCAAGUUACAUAAUCUCUCAGCUAGAUGCCAUUCCAGUGAAACCAAAGAGAGAAGUUACUGGCAGUUCCUAAAACGCAAAGUCCUAAAGCCACCAUCCCCACCUUAUUCACAUGUAUGUCAAGUGGGAGACCCAGUCCUUCGUCUCAAGGCUUCUCCAGUGGAUCCUACAGAAAUAACAAGUUCCAGAAUCCAGAAUGUAAUAAAACAUCUGAUCAAGGUGAUGAGGAAGAUGGAUUGCAUAGGACUGAGUGCCCCUCAGAUUGGAGUUUCACUGCAAAUAGUGGCUCUGGAGUAUCCAGUACACUUGGUUGAUGAAGAGCCAGAGAGUUUAAGGAAGACAAAAGGACUUGCCCCAUUUCCUCUUAAAAUCUUUGUGAACCCCAGCAUUCGCAUCAUGGACUCAAAGACUAUCACCUUCCGGGAAGCAUGUGAAAGUAUUUCUGGAUUUUCUGCCUGUGUACCCAGAUAUCACGCAGUGGAAAUCUCAGGUUUGAAUGAACGAGGAGAGCCUGUUUCAUGGCAGACUGAUGGGUGGUCUGCACGGAUCAUCCAGCAUGAAAUGGACCAUUUAAAUGGGAUCUUGUUUAUUGACAGAAUGGACAGCAACACAUUUGAGAAUAUUAAAUGGAUGGAGUUAAAUGAAUAGAUGUUAUUUUCCAGUUGACUUCAAAUUCAGAAAUUGUAAUAAGUAAGUUCAAAUGUGUGUACAGGAAUAAAAAAAAUAAAUCGGCUAUCACAAAACAAUUAAUAGAAUAUUGUUUGAGAUUUUAUUGCACAUUCCUUUUUGUGAAGUUGAAGUCUAGGUCAUAAAACUGUUUAAAUGGUUCACUCAUGGUGACAACCAAACAGUGAGAUAUACAGUACCAAAGGAACAUAAG